GCAGCCACGCUCUAAAUCUAGUGCCAAUUUAUUCUGCCAUUCCUUACAGUUAUAUACAAAAAUGGCACCCAAAAACGUUAAAGGCAAAAAGGGAGCAAUGACUCCAAACAACAAAGGAAAGAAAGGGAAGGCAGUAGCUCCUCCACCACCAGUAGAAUCUGAAAGUGAAGAAGAUGAUUCUGAAGAAGAAGAUGAUUCUGAAGAAGAGGUACCUGUAGUAACAAAACAAAAUAAAGUAGCACUCAAAAGAAAAGCUGGUGAUUCCGAUGAUGAUGAUGAUGAUGAUGAUGACGACGAUGAUGACGACGAUGAUGAUUCUGAUGAUGAUGAUGAGACACCUGUCCCAGUUGUGAAAAGUCCUCCUAAGAAAAUUAUGAAAAAAGCACAAGAAAGUGAUGAUGAUGAUGAUGACGACGAUGAUGAUGAUGACGAUGAUGAUGAUGAUGAAGAUGAUGAUGAUUCAGAAGAAGAAGAAACUCCUGUUAAGGCCAAUGGUAUAGCAAAGAUGGUAACUCCAGCUGAUGAUGAUGAAGAUGAUGACGACGAUGAUGAUGAAGAUGAUGAUGACGAUGAUGAUGAAGAUGAUGAUGACGAAGACGACAGUGAUGAGGAAGAAGAAGACACAAAGAAGAGGAAAAAGAUGCAAAAUAAUAAGCCAGCAAAGAAAGCCAAAACAGAGCCUGAAGAAAAAACAACUCUACAUGUAAAUAAUGUAGCUGAAAUGGCAGAUGAUAAAGUGAAAAAGAUAUUUGAAAAGAAAGGAAUAUCUGUGGCAGAAAUUAGGAGGCCAAGGCAGGGUGGACGGUAUGUUUAUGUGGAUUUGGCUGACCCAUCACAACUGGAUAAGGCUCUCAAGUUAGAUGGUGUGAAAGACAUGAAAGUAGCAGUGGCAAAAUCAGAUGCAAACAAACAGAAAAAAGACUUUGGGGAUUCAGAUGCAACUACCUUGUUUGUGAAGAAUUUGGCAGAAAAUGUCACAGAGGAUGUGAUACAAGAGUUCUUUACAGGUUCCACAUCUGUCCGCAUGCCAAAGCGACAUGAUGGUACUCCCAAAGGAUUUGCAUAUGUGGUAUUUUCAAGUGCUGAUGAAGUUGAAACCAUGCUCUCCGAAAAGCAAGGAGCAGAAUUAGAAGGAAAUGCUUUGUUUUUAGACAAAGCAGGAGGCAAACCAAAACAAAAUAAUAGCUUUGGAUCCCCAGGAGGUCGACGUCCAGAAGGAGAUAAGUCGAAAGUCUUAUUUGUAAAAAAUCUUUCGUAUUCAUGCACCAGUGAAACUUUGCAAGAGGCAUUUGAGGGAUGCACAGGAGCAAGAGUUGCAAGAUUUCCAGAUACUGACAAAUCUAGAGGAUUUGGGUUUGUGGAUUUUGAUACAGUAGAAGCAGCCGAAGCCUCCUUCAAAGCAAUGGCAGGUCAGGAAAUCGACGGAAGGCAGAUAUUUUUGAACUUUGCUGGAGAGAGAGGAGGACGUGGAGGUGGACGUGGUGGACGAGGAGGUGGUUUCCGUGGGAGAGGUGGAGACCGUGGAGGUUUCCGGGGUAGAGGACGAGGAGGAGACCGGGGUGGAUUCAGGGGUAGAGGUCGUGGAGGUGGUGGGCGUGGUAAAAGUCCAUCUGCCAAAGGAAGUAUACAGAAUUUUGAAGGCAAAAAGAAAACUUUCAGUGACUAAGAUAUAGUGAAAAAGACGGAACAUUGUGUUGAAAUGUAUGCACUGCUUCACUUGGCAGGUAUAUUUUAACAAUGGACAUUUGCAUUUGAAAUGACGACCAUAUUUUUAGUUAGAACAUCUUUUUCACUCAUGAAUCCUGAUAUCUUGGGUAACAUUUUCUAUGGGAGGACCAGUCUACCUAUACUGGAUUCGAUGAAUUAUUAUGUCGUGCAUUUCUCAUUGGAUCUGUGGGUAUCGUGCAGAAAGAUACCACAAAUGUUUGUGACUUUAAGAACACUGUUUUUAUCAAAUCGGUGUCAAUGUUUUUGAAGUAUUUUAUAAAUUGUAUUUCUAAUCAUGCUGGAAACAUGUUUGCAUUUUUCCCAAUAUUACAGGUUAGCCAUCUUCAGCAUUGCUAAUUAAUGGGGGGAAAUCAAGACAACUUGUCUGUUGAUUUAUUAUAUGUACAACAAAAUUGAAUUGUGAAAAUGUGCAACAUGAUGGUCAUGGUUAUAGGAUCGAACAUUUUAGAUAUUUUUAGAUGUUGUUUUAGAUACCUAUUCAACAUAUAUGAAAUCAUUUUUCAUAUCAUUUUAUCUUAUUUUUGAUGAUUUCAAAUAUUAUGUAGAAGAGUGAAGUAUAUGGGAGAUAACUCUUCCUUCAAAACGGAGCAGAAGCAGUCACGGUUUUAUUGCUACUGCUGGGUCCUAUUUCUGUAGAUGGACAGAUCAGUUUGUCAUUAUUUUUAAGAUUUAAGGCAUGGCGUGACAUAAAUCUGUUAUACAGACUAAAUAGUCUGUAUCAAGACUUAAGGUAAAGCAAUUAAGAUGAGUGAGUUUCCUAAACAGCUUCAUUUAAACCAAUAAAUCUAGCUGUUAACCUAGCUGUUAUAAAAAUAAUUGUGUUCAAAUUUAUUGUUUUGUUUUCCAUUUUAGUUUUUUCUGUUGACAAGUAAGCGUAAUAUUUAGGUUGUUUUUUUAGCACUGAUCAUUGUUGGACUGAAAAAGAAAGAAAAAAAAAAAACAGAAAAUAAAAUCAAGCUACUCAAGUAAGACAUAAUUGAUAAUGUACUAUGAAUAUGAAUGACGCAGCAUCAUAUUUGAUAGAUAUUUGUAUAUAGAUACAUGGAAUCUAUGAA